AUGCAGGACGGCAUUCUUUUUGACAACAUCCUGGUGGCGACCGACGAGGCUGUGGCAGCAGAGUACAGGGAGACGAAAUGGAAGCCCAAGUACGAGGCUGAGAAGGAGAAGCAAAAAAUUGAAGAAGCGACUCCGAGUCCUGACGGCAUCCAGGCAAAGAUGUUUGAGUACCUGCGCAAGGUUGCCGACAUCCCGGCUUUGGCGUCACAGAAGGAAAAGAUUCUUGAUCUUCUGGAGAAGGCCGAGAAGUUCCCAACCAUUUCUUUGAGCGCCAUAGCUGUGAUCCCGCUCGUCGUGGUGGUCACGCUGUUUAAGAUUCUAUUUGGUGGCAAGAAAUCGCCCCCCAAGAAGACGAAGGUGACUGUAGAGAAGUCCAAGAAGGAAGACAUCUCCAGCCCGGACGAUUCCAAGGACAAGGCGGAGGACGACGCGGCUGGCAACGAGAUUGAGAAGGAAGGCGAGGGCGCCCGCCAAAGGAGAACCCGACGCGAAUCGUAAGAAAACAGGAGGCGAGAGAGAGCUAGAAGAAUCAAAGCUUUUACUCGAGAGAAGACAAGAGAAGAGCGCUCAAAACGUUGUAUUGUAAGUGGAUGUUUCCCUUUUUUUUGGAUUUUACUUGAAUCACUAUAGUACCUGAAGUACAUAGAAUUGCUGAAUAGAUUCUACGAGAUUCUA